AUGGCAGAGGACAAAGCGGUCAAGCUUGAUUUGGCAGACCGAGUUAACAAAAAGAGCCAAAGAAUCAAUUAUGCAGUCUACAGCGAUGUGUUUCAAAAUGGGAACGAUCUUGUGAUAUCUAUCCCUUUCUGGAAAACAUCUCAUAAAUAUCCCAAAUAUCCAUUCACCGUUGGAUUCGCAGCUAACACUACCAACACGAGAUGUUGCUGA